GAAGGGGAAGGUCAAGAAGCAAACAUGGCGGCCCGCAGUAUGCUAAGAUCUAUUUGGACCUCAUUUGCAGGUUUAAAAGAGAGUUUCACGGGGACCAGCGUUAAUUCCUUCCGCGGGGUUAAUGUUCCCCAGAUAUCUGCUGUGGCCAUGCAAACCAGAGGAAUUCGUCAAGUGGUGGAGAAAAACGAUGGCAAAACAACAAUAAUUGAGGGACAAAUCAUAGACGUACCAGAAGGACCACAACCUCCAAAUCCCACAGCCAAGUGUCCUAUCUAUAGAUGGAACCUGCAAAACAAAUACAACUACACUGACGUCUUAUUGCUCAGUCAGUUCAUCAGGUCAGAUGGAGGAAUGCUGCCCAGACGAGUCACCGGUCUUUGUUUCGAGGAGCAUCGCAAGAUUGCCAUCUGUGUGCAGAUGGCACACAGAGCAGGUCUGCUGCCUGACCACAAACCCAAACUUCCAGAGGGUCACGUCCCAAAGAGACCCAAACCCCAACUGAACAGGUACUUGACUCGCUGGUCCAUUGGUUCGGUGAAACCCAUCUAUAAGAAAGGACUGAAGUGGUGCAAGAAGCGCAUGGAUGUAGGUCACCCGGCACUAAGGAACAAUGUGCGGUACGGUGUGAAGCCGCUGUACACAAAGCACUGAAGGACAGAUCAUCUGGAGGAGGCGGGGUCUUCGGUUUUUAUUCGAUGUAGUCUGGAUUUAUGUCAUAAAGGCGUGGGAGACAGCUGUCUGAAGCAUAACUUUUGUUUAUUAAUCUGCAUCAGACCUAUUAUGAGUCAUUAUCAGCUCCACCCAGAACCAUCUUUCUUGACUGUCAAAACAUUCUCCAACAACUUCAGUUCACCAACAACUGAGCUCAGUGUUACACUUUCAAAGUAGGUGGUGUGUUGAUUGUGACAACACAACGCAAAACAGAUGUUUAAAUAAAAUGACAAUGUUUGCUCUCA